ACUAAAGUUAUGUGUAUUUUCAGCACCACUCUAUCCUUAAUAUUAUACUGACAUGUUUUUAAACAUUGAUAAUUACAAGCAUUUGUAACUAUUGUUGUUAACUACCAUUUCGAAUGUCAUAUUCUAACAUAAAUAAUCCUACCUUGUCGCGCUCUUUUGAGUCUACUAAUGACAACUUCCGCUCAAGAUCAAACUCUCCGGCGCAUACUAUUAGAAGCAAGACUGUAGUACAAAGAGCGUCAAAUCAUACCCUAGGAAAGGAACAACACUUGCGAAUGCUAAUCUUACUGUUGAAGAACAAAAUCAUUUGGAAGAAGUGCUUUCACGCUUCGAUAAAUUUCGGCAAAUUGAAGACAAACGUGUGAGACAGUUACGCCAAGAAAUGAUUGAUAAACAAAAAGCUCGUAUAAAAAAUUCAGAAUCUAUCGGUGAAGGUCGAUGUAACAAUUGUAAUACUCUAUUUGUACCACUUUUACAACCGGCUAUUCGAUGUGUCAAUUGUCAUGGGGAUUUCUGUCGUAUGUGCACAGAAAAACUACCUAAUACAAAUGUCGUGAUGUGUAAAUUUUGUCGAUUCGAAACUCUGCACAAAUGUAAACUUGGAGUAUGGUUCACGGAACAACUGAAACAAGCUCGAGCAUCUGGUCGUGUACGAGGUGUUAGUGGUCCAGAAGCUCUACGUUCAUCUAUCCAACGAAUUCAACGUGAAGCGAGAUCUAACACACCUCGUAGUCGAGGAGCAAAUGUGCAAGAAUUGAGUUUUUGAAAAAAAUAUUACCCAGGAAUUGGAUUUCAAAGGAAUGAUUGUUGUGGACAGUUAAGGCCCGAAUUUCAAAACCAUUCCACUAAUGUGUCGCUACCACAACAGAGGAAAAACGUCAGUCUAGUUCGAAACCAGACAAACAAUCGAAAUCUCUUCAUAAUUCCCAGUCACUGGUUGAUAGUGGUUAUGUUCCACAAAGAACUCAUUCAUGGAUUGACGAUGAAACUGAUCCAACGGUUGAUAGACAUCACUCAUCUACUCCACAGUUGAAUCAAAUAAAUAUGUCUAAAGAAGCUAAUCUUCAUAAGCAGAAUCCUGGAUUCAGUUCAUCAGAAUGCUACAGUCCAUCUUUAGGUAGUGACACUGCAUCGUUAAUGGAGAAAAAACUCAACUCCUCAUAUACAGAUUUGACACCUGGUAAAAUACCUAUAACACACCAAAAAAAUUUGGAUUCUGAAGCUGAAAGCCGCACAAAUCUAAGUGUAGCCAGUGGGGUAUAUCCUGAUAGCAUACAAAAUCCCACAAAAUUUAACUCAGUUAAAGUUUUAAAUGUUCAAGACCGACGAAAAAGCAGUUCUCUGAAUGAAUUCGAUAUUAUUCGUAUGUAUGAUUAUGAAGCUACACCUUUAUCAAAGAUAAACGAAACCGAUGCCGAUAAGGCUCGUGAAAAGGGUCUUAAUCCAGCACAGAGUUUUAGGUCGCUGUUUCACAUCGGGCUAGAUAAAAAUCAUGUAAACAAGAAUAUUAUUUUAUGACCCAUUUUCAUGUCUGCCUUGUCACACAAGUGGUUUGUGUAAACUAAAUUGGUAUAUAUAUAUAUAUACGCCUGUACUGUAUACCGUGUGUGUAAUACGUUUUCGUUGUAUUCAUGUGUGCUUUUUUCGGUACGACUUUUAAACUUGGUGGAUUUUCAAACAGUUUGUCUUUGCAAUUUUUUUCAGUGGAGAUUUGUUCGAUUCUUGCUUGUUGUUUGUUGCACGGUUGUUUAUGCUUUAAAAAUUACUGUUGUUUGUUGAAGUCAUAGCUUUUCUUUAAUAGAACGAGAUUUGAUAUGUACGUUGUCUUGAUAAGUCAUCUCUGGAAUUUCUUUUACCUAUAGUUUUCUCUUUCUGACUGACCUCUCUAGAGAACGCUCAAAAAAAUUAAGACUGAUCAAUCAUAUUUAUUGAUCUCACUACUAAAUUUUACGAAAAUUUCGAAAGUAGACCUUAUAAGUUUUGCGUGUAGACUGGAUAAACUAUUUUCAUGUUCAAUGUAUCCACGGUGCAUAGCUAAUCAUAGUCAUUCACUAAGCGUGUAGAAAGCACUCAUAGAUAUUUUUUUCAUUAAUUUAAUGCUGGAAAAACCUUAGUACAAAUUGAUUAUUCAUGGUUCUAUGGAAAAUUUAUUUUUAAUUACCAUGCUCCGUGAUGUGAUGCCUGGGGAAAAUUGCUGUGCAUUGAUAAUUAUAAUUUUAUAAGAGCACAUGAUAAACACAUUUUAUAUUAUAAAAACUAAUCAAAUUGCUAGGAUUUUAUUCGUUCUGAUUUUUUUUUGGUAGAUAUUUUCACCAGUAGUUUGUAUUAGUUAUUUUGCAAUAUGUCUGAAAUGUUUCUGUGUUUGACGUUAGUUUGUUCAUAAAACUGUAUGUUAAUUUUUUUUCCGUUGUUAUGAACACUUUUCUUUGUUUUAUAGAUGUAUUUCAGUUUUACAAAUGGAAUUUAAAAUUUAAUGAAAAUAAGCCCCUCGGACCAUAAGUAUUGUGUGAUGGGAUUCAGCAUUAGUGAUAAUGAGCUACUGGUUUUGAUGUGUGUGUGUGUAACUGUAAUAUGUAUCAUUGCUGUGUGAUAGAUAGUCUGUAGCUCUUAUAUGUUGUACUGUAAAAAAAAUUUUCAAAGAAGUUUACUCUUAUGAUGGUACUUAAUUUGUGUGUAUUAUCUAGUUUUUAUUAUAGUUGAAUUAUUUCUUAAACUCUGAAGCAAUAUUAUUAUUUAUUUGAAUAAAAUGAUUUUUUAAAUAAGUAUUUCUAAGAGACCAGUACUUGUAGACUAAUUACAGUUUAAAUCGGUUAAGUGUUCUCUAUUGUUACGCUAAAGUUUCGAGUGUGUGAUUAUUCAUACUGUUUUCAACAUUCAAUAAGAGUGCAAUAUCCACCAUUUUCAAGCAUUUUUUUUGUUCAUUUAGUGGUUGAGUGAAACACAUAAGAGCAUGAUGUUCGCUGGGGAUUUCAUUUCAACCAUCUAAAGUUAUCUGUAUGUCUUCUAUGAACACGUCACUGUAGCAUAUCUCAACUUGCUAGAUUAAAAAGCAAAUAACGUGGGAUUUAGACCUUAAAAUAGAAUUCUCUGAGAAAAUUAUGAUGUUAUAUGCAGCACUCAACUACUAACUGAACGGAAAAAUGCCUGAUUAUGCUUGAUAUCCCACAUAUAUCGAUAUUGAAGAACUGAUGCACUACAGAUUCACGGACACGUAUUCUAUCACAAGUUUUACCCUUGGAUACUUUUAAGUUGGAAAGACUCUAGUAGAUCACUGCUAUUCAUGUCUAAACGAGGCGGAUAAAUAUUGAAUAUUCAACAUCUUCCGUAAAGUAUAAACAAUAUUUUUUUUAAUGAAAAGUUAUAAUAAAGCGACUGUGGUUUUCCACUUCCUGCCUUCAGCAUUAACAAGAUAAAUGCAACUAAGUCGGUAGUUGAAUUUGGUUUUAGAUAUUGUUAUUCUGCAGAUAAGAACAUAUCAAAAUCGUUAGAUCUAGACGUUAACUCUGAAAUAUAUUUCAUAUUUCUAUAAUAUCUUAUUGUGAAAGAAACAAUGUAAAUCAAUUCUUAAAAAACGACAGAAAGGAAAAUAAACAUUUUGAAUUAAGCAUGAAUAAAAUAGAUUUAUCUAGUUGCACGAAAAUCAGUAGAUAGCAUUUAUUCUCUGUAUGUAGAUAAAUGUACAGUUUUCACAUACUCCAUUCAAAUUAUUAAGUGGUUAGUAAGUACAUUUUUUAGUAAAGUGAAUUUCUUAUUGUUAACUGGGUGAUAAGAGUUUAGUGGUUUGGUUUUUACUACUAACCAGUAAGUAGAUGUAAUGUUAACUCUGAUCCAACUGGUAUAACAACUUAAUUCAUUUAACUAAACAUUUAAAAGUGAGUGAACAAAUCUCCAGCGUUGUUUCAUUUAAUUGCCUGACAAGGUUAAAUUACUCUAUCUUUAGACUUUAUCACCGAAAACCAUCUCAUGAUAUUUCAUGUUCAAUUCGAGCACGUGAUGUGAUCCUUCAAGUUAUUAGUUAUUGUAAAGAGAAAACUUGAAUUUCCUUUAAUAUUCAGCAUAAAAACUACUCUCAUCAGACUUCUGGAAUUAAUUUACAUUUCUACAUUGUACUAUUUGGUGAUAUUUUUUAUUAUAUGGCUUUAACCAAUUAAUUCUCAUUCAUCCCAAUAAUGAGAAAAUGGAUAAGCUAUUAUUCAAAGAUUUCAUAAUAUUUAUUUUCUAUGUUGCUAAGACUUUAAUAUAUUGUUUCUUAAAAUAAGGCCAGCCAUGCAUCCACCCUAAGUAUAUACAGCGAACGCGAAUCAAGUUACGGGCAUGGCAUUCAGAUAUCUGGAGAAAUGCUUAUGGCUGUGAUUUACGAUGAUGCAUAUAAUACACUAAGAAUCAGUAUCAAGCAAGCACGUAACCUAGCGAUAGCAGAUAGAAAACGCAACAUAACCAAUCCCUAUGUGAAAUGCUACUUAUUACCAGAUCGAACUAAGGGUAGCAAGCGAAAAACAUCGUACAAAAAAGCAACAUGUAAUCCAGUUUAUGAUGAAGAAUUUAAAUAUCAUAUACUAAAACAGGAUCUAACAUUGCGUACACUCCAAGUAUCUGUUUGGCAUCAUAAUGCAUUGGGUUUGAAUUUAUUUCUGGGUGAGAUUUUUUUACCGCUGACUUUCCAUCAGUUUGACCAAGCCUCCCAUUGGUAUACACUUGGUGAACACCGCUUCCUUCCAACAGUAUCACACUUACAAAUCAGUCGAGGUGAAAUAGUUUUAGCCAUAAAACUCGUACCAGGUGAAACAGGUAGUAAUCGGGGUGAAAUUCAUGUAUGGAUCAAAUCUGCCAGAGGUCUCAGUGCGUCUACUGACGGGAUGGCUCUAAAGAAGGAUAAUGUUGAUCCCUAUGUAAAAAUGUAUGUUCACGUAAGAAAUUUUCUGGAGUAGUUUUUUAUAUUUAGUGUUUUGUCAUUCAGAGAACUAACAAGAAUAAUACAAUUUACUGACCUAAUAAUAAUCACUUUUCUAAAGCUAACUUAUUUCUAGUGUACAAACAAAUAUAGCGAUAUACACAUAGAAAAGAUCAAUGUUCGGGAUUGCAUAGUACAUCUGAACACAUUGGCAUGCUCUCAAACGACAUGGUGAUAGAGAAAACAAAGGGAAUAUAGUAACAUUAUUAUAAAUAAAAAAGAUGGUAAAUAAACAUUCCCAAAUGAUUGGGUAUACACAUGUUUUAUCGAUAUCACCCCUGAUUACAUUCAAAUUAAUUCUAGCUGAUCUAAGCCAUUCCAUCUUCUACUUCUGACUUCUGGAUUUUGUGUGCACAUCUUAGAGCCUGUUUUUAGUGGUUCCAAGUUACAGUUCAAUCUUGUAUUAUAUACUGUAGAGGUAUGGGUGCUGGUUGUUUGGAGCGAAUCACCAGAAAGCCUUAAGUCUAAGCUUUGUGUUAUUUGGCAUCACAAAAUAAGAUGUGUCUCAAUUAUCAAUGUAGCCUGUACUCUUCAUGGGAUCCUAACCUGUCCCACUCGGUAUUAAUAUCAACGAUGCUACUACUGUGUUUCUCAAGCUCUAACUUGUACCUCAUGAUCGUAAGGUGAUUCAUCACUGAAUAGUAACCAAUGCCAUUUUCGUCAAGUCCUCAAAGUGGAUCGAACUUCAUUUAUCAAGCUUCACCUUAUCCACUACUCAAGGUGACUUAAAGGAAAAUAAGUUUUUUUUAUAUUUUCGGUUGAUAUUUAGUAGUGACAGAAUAUGAAUUCAAUUUAUAGAGAUUUGUGUUAUCUGUUCGACCAUUAAUAAUUCUGUGUUUAUUAGUAUUUUCGGUUCGGACAUAUAAUAUGUUUGAAUAGAGUGAUGUGAUGAAAACAGCAGUACUUAACAGAAACGCACGAAUUUAAAACAGACUUACCUCCUUCCAGUAUUCUAGUAUUAUCUACUAACAAGUAUAUUAGUUAACAACAUCUGUAAUUAUAAUGGAAAAAUUACUUAGUGGUUUAAGCUAACUAGCUCAACAAAGGAAUUAUUUAGACCUUGUAAGAGGAUAAAUUAAAAUCUGAAUUACAAAGUCAACCAUCAUUUUAGAAUGUUGACAUUCAAACAAGUUGGUUCCUGUUAGUAAUACACUCUCUUUUUAAGUUUUAUGACGAUUGAAUAACCGACUAAAUUACGUAUUUCAUGUUAAAUUGGUUCAUUCAGUUCAUACAUAAUAAUAACUUUUGGUUUUAUGUGCCCAAUCGACAAUACACUUCUUAUGAAAUUUUGCUUCUAACACACGAUCGUGUCAUAUCGGAUUUCCAGAUAUAUGUUGCCCGGUAAAGAAAAGCAUUCGAAACAGAAGACAAAGGUUGUCAGAAAGAAUAAUAAUCCAGAAUGGAACCAAGCUAUUAUAUACAGAGACAUUAUCCUUAAUUCUUUAAAUGAAAUUGGAAUAGAAAUUUCUGUUUGGGAUUACGAUCGGUUCUCAUCAAAUGAUUUUCUUGGAGGAUGUAGAAUCAACUGUGGAUCACGUAUGUUUUUUGACUAUCAUAUAUUUACUAACCUCAUUAAAAGUCCAUAAAUAAUUUCUGCUAAUAAAAAACAUGUUUUGUGGUCCUUUCACAACCAAUUUCAAAAAACACCUUAAAACUUUAGUUCGUCAUUCAACUACUUGUAAGUAGUUUGUGUGUAUACACAUCACGAAAUAAAAUAAUUUCAAGUGUUCGUUUAUGAAGAGUGAUGAUCAUCCAGCCACAUAACGACAAGAUUCUAAUUUGUCGAAAUUCUUCAGAGACUCAGUGAACACAACUUGCUCUUGAGUUAAAUACCAGUCAGCACCAUAUUUUGAUGGUAAGCUAAAUAAUGAAUGAAUUCAUAGAUUAACAAUUAAAUUGGUACGAAAAUGAUAAAUAUUUUGAGUAAUAUGACAAGUCAAAGUGUCAUCAAUGAAAAUACUGGUCAAAUGAUUAAUUAUUUUAUUGUUUGAUUAAGAAGAUAAGCACAAUUUUGUAAUAUGGUCCACGUCACGAGUUGAUCAUAACUACCGAGUCAUUACGUAGAUCUCAGAAUUUAAAAUCUUUAGUAUUUUUUGUAUAAAUAACUGUGAUGUACCAUUCGUACUGUUGCCAUUCAUAAUAACGCUUUUUUCGUUGUCCGUCAUAUUCAGAUAAUCAACCAUGGUUGGAUGCAAUGAAUGCUGAAAAAUCAGCCUGGUUGGCUAUGUGCGAAAGACCAAAUAUUUGGAUUGAAGUAACAAUACAAUUACGAUCAAGCUUAAACUGACCAAUCUUCAUACUUGAAGGCAAGAAUUCAGUGCUUCCAUUCCUUCAUCAAUUCCAGAAAAUUUUGAUCAAUUUCCAAUAUGAAUAAAAAUUAGUGGUAUUCACAUUGUCUGUGUAUCAGAACUAAAUACUUUCAUGGAUAUGAUUUCAUUAAGUCUGUGUUCUCAUAAUAUGCGCCUGAUGUUUUAAUGGUUGCAUUUUCAUAGAAAUACUGAAACUUUUGGUGAAUAUUUUCUUAUGCAAUAUUCUUACCUUUUCAGUCUUCUUUUUUCUUAAUAAUUACUAGUGUUAUUAUUAUUAUAGUAACACACUAUCACCAUUAUUAUCUAGUUCAUUUUUCAAUAUAUUUUGUUACAAUGAAAAGAAACUAUAAAUAAUAAUCAUUAGAAUAUUGCAUAUUUGUAAUUUACCGCUUUGUAAGGCUUACUGUCCUUUUUAUUCUAUUGUUUAUUAUAGUCAAUGAGGCUAUGCAUGAAAACUAAUUAUAACAGUGUAAUCUUGUGUACAAUUUGUCAUAAAAUAUAAUUAAAAUUGG